AUGCAGACCAACAGCCAGUCCGACACCGAGAGAGCGGCAUUCAUGGCCCUCUACCGGACCCAACUUCUCCGGGGCCAAAUGCCCAGCGUUUACCUGCCUCGACCCUCAAACUCCAACAAUUUUGCCAAAAUCUCGAACACCGCGAACACCGCGAACACACUCCAACAAGACUCGCUCUGCUCUACGUGCCAGAAGCCGCUCGACAGAGACUCACUCCCUGGCUACUUCAAUCUGGUCGGCAUGAAGUGCUUGCACAGCUUCUGUAGCCAGUGCUGUCUCAAGCUCGCAGGAAAACUUACCUGCCCGACACCAGGCUGCAAUGAGCCCAUUCCAGCCUUCACGCAGCAGUCGAUGACCACUCAGCUUCGCUACUGGGCUGUAGAUCAGGCUGUGAAAUACUGCGAGGAUGAGUCCUACAAGCCACUCCUGUGGCAUUGUGGUCCUCGGGGUUUCGACGCUGUUUACGACAAGGCUGCCGCAUUCUUGCAGAGCGCAGCGUCGCCAUCUUCUCAAACCAGUGGUAGCUCCAAUGCCUUCAUCGAUAUCGACAGCCUCCGCCCGCACCUCAUGGGCCUCACCAACUUGACCAUCAACGUGUGGUAUGCAGAGGCAUUGAUACAUGACUUGGACUCUGAUCCCACCGACAAAGCCCGCGAGAAGAGAUGGAUCAAGACAGUCCUCGCGGUCGACAACUUUCUCUCCCAACAAGGAAGGCAUCGCAAGCAAUGCCAGACCUCGAUGUUGAGGGAGUACCUCGAGCUCAAUGUCAACUCCACCUUUCCGGCUGCCGAUGCUGAGGAUGCCAAGCUGUUGUUUGACUUUGUGGUUCACCUUUGCGAGAAGGAGGGCAAGAAGCGGAGCUGGCGAACGAAGUCGGCUUCUGCGAUGUCGAGAGUGGCGAGUCGAGUGAGCACGCUGCGAGGAGGAUAA